UUGGCGCGCACUUUGGUCACACUAUACAAGCGAAAAAAAGAUUGUGAAUGUGAGUGCAUAGAACGACAAAAGCCAACAAUUUGUCAUCGUUGAGAGUUGUCAGAUUUGUAAAAUCAAACCCUUUUGCAAUUGUAAAGCAAAAUGAGUGCCGUCAAAAGCAGCGAUCCAGCCAUCAGCGGCAUGGCCCUUGGCCGGAGUCAGACUAUUUGUCGCUACUACGUGCGGGGUAUUUGUCGGUUCGGUGAGCUUUGCCGCUUCUCCCACGACCUAAGUCGCGGCCGUCCGGAAUGCGAGGAACAGCGUGCAGAGGUUGUCCCGACAGAGACCCCACGGCCCAGCACCAGCUGCAGUCAUAGUAUCAGCAGCACCAUUAGCCAGCAGCGAAACUGGGUAAACGCACCAGUGUUUGUGCCUAGCCAAAAGCGAAUUCCUCCUGCCAAGGAACAGAGCGAGGUGUCAGAGGCGGGGGUGGAAACCGACACGGAGGCCGCUUCUGGCAUUGAGGGGUUUCACCCCGUCGUCUCCUGGGCUGAAGUUGUAGGCGGACCAUCGUCACUCAACAACAAACGGGACUUUACUUUGAUCAAACCCGCUUCCUUGGACGAGAUCUGUCCCUACGAGAGCCCAUGCGUCUGGGGAGAGCAUUGCCCAUACCGCAUCCACAUGGAGCUGUGCGAAAUGUGCGACCAAUAUUGCCUGCAUCCCACGGAUCAAGCCCAGCGCAAGAAACACAACCGCGAGUGCCUGCAGCAACACGAGCAGGCGAUGGAGCUCUCAUUCGCAAUUGCCAGAUCCAAAGACAAGACGUGCGGCAUUUGCUUCGACACGAUCAUGGAGAAGGCUGGUCGCGAAAAGCGAUUCGGAAUCCUGCCCAAUUGCAACCACAUAUUUUGCCUGGAAUGCAUUCGCACAUGGCGUCAGGCCAAACAAUUUGAGCAUAAAAUAACACGAGCCUGUCCCGAAUGCCGCGUGUGCUCGGACUUUGUCUGUCCCAGUGCAUUUUGGGUGGAGACCAAGGAGGAGAAGGAUAAACUGCUCAAUGAUUAUCGCGUCGCCUUAGGAGCCAAGGACUGCAAAUACUUCAAAAAAGGCGAGGGCAAAUGUCCCUUUGGUAACAAAUGUUUCUAUAAGCAUGCAUUACCCAAUGGAGACAUAGUCGAUGUGGGAUUACCGAAGCGUACUCGAAAGCUACAGAGCCAGACUGAAAUAAUCGACCUACUUGAUAUUUAUCUGUGGGACUAUGUUGACAGGCGGGAUUAUCAUUGGCUUGAGAUAUUUUCAAGUGAUGUUAGUGAAAGUUCCGAUUUCUCAGAUGAUGACUAAGCUUCUGAAGUAAAAUAAUAAACAAUGAAUCAACCACAUGCCGAAAAGCACACAAAUUUGGAUAUACUGUCGCAGCGAAACGUAAUCAAUAUUCAAACGAUAUAUAUAAAUGAUACUGAACCAAAUAUCGAAAGCGAAAUUAAACAAAAAGAAGAUGUAUUUGGGUACCAAAUUUAGGUUUACAUAAAUAUUUAUUCUCCACUUAAUGCAACGAAAUUUACAGCAACUUUUCCGUACUUGUAUUAAAUUAAAUUAUAUUUAAUACCAUUAAUAAGUGGUUAAACUUAAAGACCUAAACGAACGUUGAUAUAUCAUUAAAUUUGAUUACACAAUUUUAGAGAUAAACAAGCAAGAAGCAAACAGUACAUUUUCAAAAUAGGUGAUAUAAACAUGUAAACUAUGCCUUUCAGACUGAAUUGUAAAGAUAAAAUACAUUCUUAAAUCGGUUUUCUACUCAUUUUUGAUCUUUAACCAACUACCAACUACAACUAAGCAAACGCACACAGCAAACUACAUGUGUACGGGUGCGAGUCUAUUGUACGAUUGCGGAAUGAUAGACAUUAAAUCUCGAAACGUUUCCCUUUCGCCGAUAAAUGAAAUUUUUGUUAUUGUUAUGAGCCCUUAUGUUAGAGUAUUCCUAUUGCCUACCUACAUAUAAUUCAGUAUAUUUGUAAUCGUUGGCCACGCGCAUAAUGCCAAAUGUCUUGCACACAAACCAGAACACUAUAUGUAUGUAUAUCCUCUAAUGUAUGUAUAUGAUUUUUAAGUUUAUAUUUUCGAAAUGUACCUCUUUAAAAUGUUUUCGUUUUUACUGAUACAAAUGUAAUGUGUUGUCCGAAGCAACAAUUUAAUAAACUAAGGGAACUAACAUAUGUAAACCCAACAUGUUCAAAAUUAAAUGAGGAAUUACAAUUAAAUGAAAUGAAAAUCUCAA